GUAAUUUGCUGUCAUUACUGUCAUUUUGACAAUGGAUCGUUUGCCUUUGAUACCCAAAAAUGAGGAGGAUCACGACGUGCUCCCCCUCACUACUGAGAUAUUUCAAGACGUGUUCCGGGCGCAGAAGUAUCCGAGGAAUGUCGCUGAUAAUUACAAGAAGUACGAGGUGGAUGUGGAUUUUACUCAGUCGCGAGAAGCCGGAUUGACUACGAUUAAGGUUUUGGAAGGUUUGUCUACGGGUUUGAACGAUAUCACAGAAGUGGAGAAGGAAAUUAUGCGAAACCACGCGUUGGCGGUUAUCCAGAAACACGAAAACGUGUCGCUUUACGAAGAACUAAAACUGAAACGGGUGUCCCUUUUUCAAAAAUUGGGUGACUACGCUGUUCAAACGUAUGGACUGAUAGAGAAAAACGAGAUUUACCCUAAUGUUAUCGAACAGUAUUUGAAUUUCACUUACAACCCGUCUUUACACACAUGCCAGCCAUGUCUACCUGAAGCCGAACACGUAGUACCAACCGUACCAAGCAAAAAACUUAAGAAACGAAAACAAACCGAACCUCCCACGGGGCCACUUUUCAAACUAGAACCCAAUAAAAUAAUCUUCUACAACUACAACUUAGGGAGAACGUACAAGGAGAAAUUCAAACUUCGAAACAUCACAAACGUCCCUCAGUACUUCAGCUACCACGACUUCCCCAAAGACAGUUCUUUUCGCCUAAAACUACAAACCGACUCUGCCAAACUGGCGCCAGGAAUGUCUGCAGAGUUCGUGGUUACGUUUCAAACCCAAAUUUACAAAGACUGUCAAGAAGUGGUACUAUUUAAGACCGCCAACGGUGUAGAUCUUAAAGUACUUGUUGCCAGUGUGCGAGACCCUCCUAAGCUCACUUGCUACAUUCUCAAUUCUCUUUUACCAUGGGACGUCGUACAAAAGCCGAUGCCUGGAAACCGGUACUUCUCGGACCGGCGUCAAAGUGCUUGCAACUUCUCAAUCGACUGUGGUACUUGUUUGCUGGGAAGUUACUCCCUCAUGACUGUUAUUAUAAAAAACGACGGGCAAAAAGGACGAUUUUUCAUCACAACGGAAAACGAGUGGAUUUUUAGCGAACUUAAUGUGGAGAGUACCAGAGCUUUGGAACUGACUCAAGGAGCUUUCACCCUUUUCCCUACGUACUUUGAAAUCGACGAGGGAGAAGUGGGCCAACUUUGCGUGUGUUUUCUUCCAAAAAGCAUCGAGUUUUACGCUGAAAAAUUAUUCAUCAUUUGUGACAAUUACUCCCACCAGGAAAUUGAGCUUCUGGGAGAUGGUAUAGCUUUCUCUGACAGUUUUCUCCGAGUAGACUUGUACAUAGCGGAAGACCAAUUCGCCUACACCGACCAUAUGGUCCAGGUAACUCUGGAACCUUUUGCAACCGCCAGUUUCGCAUUUUCAGUCAUUAAUGAAAGCCCAAUUUAUUUUGAGCACUUCUGGGCUUUGAAAACCAACACCCAAGAUGUUACCACGGCCGAAAAAAUGGAUUCUUCUUGGAUUGAAAUUUUGCACUCGGGUAAAUAUUUGCCGUCUUUUAGUACAACGGAGGUGGUGGUCAAAAUUACCCCUCGAACUGAACUCGAGGGUUCGUACUACAUAUAUUUCAGUUUGUACUUGAAAAACGUUCCGAUUAAAUCGGUGAUGAGCGACCAUUUUAGGGUGCGACGUGAAGGUGAAAUAAUAAGUCUCGAAACGUGUAAUGUCUUGUGCAGACCCCUAGAAGAAACAAAGAGUGAAAUGUUCGACAUGUCGAACAAGUUGGCAGACGUGCACAUUUUCGAGCUGGGUUUAACCUGCGAAGUGAAAAUUCGCACCGUGAUUCCGACUAAUGUACUCGUCAUUGGGUCGCUUGACCCAGAGACUUUCCCACAAAUGACUUUCACGAAAAUCGUCCUCAAUUUCGGACUAGUUCCAAAAGGGUACCAAACCUCGAAACAUUUGUACAUUAAGAACUUAACGGACCGCGAGCUCCACUGGAAGAUUGCGGAAAUUCGUGGCGAGAAAGACAAUUUUCUGAUAUCUUCAGGAUCAAACGCACUGAAUCGAACGACGGGAUCGUUGAGGAGGCACGAGAAAGGGAAAAUUACGUACACCCUUCAAGCUAAAGAGUGCGUUCAAAGAGUCGAUAUUUUGUGUCUUUUCGCUGCCCCUCUUUGCGCGUGUCAGGAUUAUAUCAUGGAGUCCAUUUGUUUAGUGGCUUACGAAGUCGCAGAAAUUAAUAUAUCGAUUUACACAGAAAAUAAUAAGGCGAUUUUGUGUCCUAGGGAGUUCAUCUAUGUAGGAAUACCAUCAGUGUAUACGGUUUACGUUUCUAACAAUGGACUAGUGAUUGGUUGCUUUUAUUUUCUGAAACCCGUAGGUACCCACGCUGAUAAAGUCCAGUUAAAAUUUAGUCCUCAGUCGGGCGUAAUUCACCCAGGAGCUACAGUUGAAGUUAAAGUUCAACUCGUGGCUUUGGAAAGUGGAAUUGUUGAAAACGUCCAAAUACCAUGUUUUAUUGGUGACCGCAACAAAUUUAUUUUUUUGACACUUCUUUGUACGGUGGCAAAUAUCAAUUUAUACUUUUAUCUACCUAAUAGAGAUAAAGGUUACAAUAGGUUUCUGUGGCCACCUAAAACAGACCUACCUCCAUGGGACUACGAAACGUACAACGGUGAAGACAUUAAGGAACCCAUGAGUAUCACAGAGGGCUGGCUUCCACCCCUAGACGUACCUUUAAUAGAUCCUAGUUUAGCAGAUAUCAUAGCUACUGAUUCAGUAGCAGUUACAUACCCCACGGUUAAAACAAAGGAAAUCAACGUGAAGCAAAAAGCUAAAGUCACUUUCUACAUGGAAAAUUUAACACCUAUUGGUGGACACUACAAGGUUAACCCUACUAACUAUAAUCCCGAAUCCGAAUGUCUUAACCACAUACUCGUGAAAGCAAAAACUCGAACUCCCGAAUUUUUCUGGGAGAAAGCUUGCAUGGACGGAUACGGGAUCGUGGUAGAACCCGAGCGACCCUCCGGCGACAUCGUCCCCUACGAAGUCGUCGAAAUCCACCUCUGGGUCUACGCCAACACUUGGGGCAAGUACCUCGAAGAAGUGAUAGUCGAAGUCAACGAUCUAACCCCCUUUUGCUUCAACCUGCUCCUAGAAGUGGUAGGCUUGCCCAUCGAGUUCCCUUUCGCCCGAAAUACGACCCUCCCCGGUCCCACAAUCCGUUUUGAAAAUCUAGCCUACAUGUCUGAGAAAUGCGUCAGAGGCUUCACUGUUACCAACACAAGCGCGGUAGCGGUGGAAAUCGACUGGCACGUGUUCACACGUGCCCACGACAAACACAUGCUUCCAGUUAACCUCUUCGUGGAAUUCCCCAACGAAUCGCUUUGUGUGGAUAUGUCGCGGGGGUUUUAUGGAUUCGAAGCCUGCUCAAGGUGCGUUUCUGUCAAGCCGUGGUUUUUGGUGGUCGAAAAACAGGGGACUGUUGAAGUGUCUGUCGAAAUUGCGUCAGAUGGGUUUGUGCCGCAGUUUGACAAGACUAGACUUAAGUACGAGUUGCACGGUUUGAUUGGCUUGCAAAACUGUGACAAGUUUAAGGAAAACUACUUCAAGAGGGAUUGCGGAAUGGAUGCGCCACAUGCUCGAAUUAGCAUUCUAGUAACACUAGAGUUGCCAAUCAUGCAGAUGGCUUUGUCGAGUGACGAAACGUGUAUAGAUCUUUUCGUCAACGACAUCCUACUUUGUGGUUAUAAAUUCCCCGAAAUGUAUUUGCUUCUGAGGAAUGUCGACAAGAGUGUCAUUCAUUUCAAAAUCGGGAUCGAAAAGCCCUUUUUGAUCAGUGGGGCGCGAACCGUCCCUGCAGGGAUCACCAAUACUGAGAACUUGACCCUUAUGAGAAACGAGUCCUUACAGGUGGCGGUCACUUGUUCCUUCUCGUACGAAGACCUCACACAAUACGCCGACCUCAUCUACCAACAUGACGACUCUGAAGGUAUUGACAAAGCCCAAAACUUCGUCAGCGUUAUUUCGAAAAGCUUGAACGUGAGUCAACGGGGGGCUCCGCGACAGGCGAUUCCGUUUACGGUGCGUCUGCACUACCCACACAUCGUGGUGAAGCCGAACUUCAUCAAAUUUGGAUUCUGUUUACUCUAUCGAACCAAAAAACUUAUCUUCACUAUUUAUAAUAUGACAGGUAGUGGCAUCAAGUGUUGCCAACUCACUGACAGUAAUUUUCCAGGGGCACCCAUUCACUACGAAAUUGUCAAAACUACAAACCACGACGAUUUCGAAGUGCGCCCCAGCUUUGGCGAAAUACCCAGAAAUACAGGAGUUAAUCAACAGUUUAUAGAUAUCGCUGUGUAUUUCACACCCCGACAUUGCAAACUAUACUUGGAGAGUCUGCGAAUCCUAACCAAUUUACCUCAAUAUUAUAUAGACGUACCAGUGUCUGGACAUGGAUCCAUUGACGAAAAAUUCAACGUGUAACGAUUACCUUUUAAUAAACUUUGCUAUAAAAAAACCAA